AUGAAAAUGGAAGUAGAAUCAAUUAUUAGUCAAGAUUUUGAUGAAUCAGAAGUCGAUAUUUGCAAUGUAUUCGUUAAAUACUUACCAUGUAAUUUUAACGAAGCAGAUUUACACGAGCUAUUUGAAAAAUAUGGUGAAAUCGUUAACACCAAAGUAAUGGUUAAUAUUAAAACUGGUAAUAGCUUAGGUUAUGGAUUUGUUAGAUUUUCAAAUCCAGAGGACGCUCAAGAAGCAAUCAAACAUAUGAAUAGACAUCAAAUUGGAUAUAAAACUUUACUUUGUAAAUUAUCAAAACCAUCAAAUUCACCACCAGUUUCACCCUAUCCAAAUGGAUGUUCACAUGAACCAUCAUCACCAACAUCUGAACAACAAAGAGAACCAUCAAAUACUCUUUAUGUUAGAGUCUUAUCACCAACUAUAACUGAUGCUAUUCUUAAACAAACUUUCUGCCAAUUCGGUGAGGUUGCCGAGGCUCAAGUUUUAAUUGAUACAAAUUCAGGUAAAAGUAAAAGAGCUGGUGUUAUUAGAUUUUCAAAUAUUCAACAUUCAAUUAAUGCUCUUCAAAAUAUGUCUGGUUCAUUAAUUUUAGGUGAAACUCCUUUAGUUGUUAAAUAUGCACCAAAUAAAAAACAAAUUCAACAAAUUCCUCAUCUUUCAUUAUCAGGCUCAACAUCAUCAAUAAAUUCAAUAAAUGGUUCAGUAUCACCAACAAUAACUUCAAGUCCAUCAAUGUCGUCGAUUUCAUCUUCAUCAUCUAUUCAACAAUCACCACAACGUUCACCAUCACCACAACCAUUACCAAUUCCACCACAACAUUCAUCAUCACCACAACCAUUACCAAUUCCACCACAACGUUCAUCUUCCCCACAGCCACAACCAAUCCCACAAGUUCCACAAUAUACCUAUAUUUACCAAAAUGAACCAUAUUCAGGCUAUUAUACACAAGAAUACAACUCAAAUACUUAUCCAAAUAGCUAUUACCCACAAAUUUAUUCAAAUGAACCAAUAAUAAUUUCUUCAUCACCAAAUUCAUCUCCACCAAUAUAUCAAGUACACCAUGCACCAGCUCCAGCAAAUUGGAGCCAAAAUGAAUCAAACUAUUACAUAUAUCACCAUCCACAAACCCCACAAUAUUACUAUCACCAUCACCACCAUCCACAACAACCAACUAUUGUAUACUCUUUACCACAAACCCAACCACAACCACAUCACUCACCAUCAAACUCGCCACAAAUUUCGCCAAGAGAAAGAUCAUCAAAAAAUACAAACAAUAUAAACGCCGGUUCAAUUUUAAUUUGUACAUAUAAAGGUACCUUAGAAAAUUCUUAUUUAAUUAAUAUUUUUUCAAAAUACGGAGAUUUAAAGAGCAUAAAUAUAAAUAUAAAUCCAAAUAAUGGAAAAUCAAAAUGUUUUGUUACUUUUAAUAAUAUAGAAAAUGCUUUAGUUGCUCAACAAAAUUUAGACAACACUAGAAUAGGCUCACAAUUUAUUCGUGUUAAAUUUUUAACAGUCAACUAA